AAUUGGGGGAAAAUGAGGUGCGACCAAUUCAAAGCGAGGUUCUCGAGAAGAGGAGCCCAAUCUGAAAUCUUUCUCUCUGAGAGGAGAGAGAGCGCGCGACGACGAUGGCGAUGCUACAAAGCAUUGUCCUUUUCACCCUACUUCUCCUUAUGUUGCUCCUCAUCAUCAUCCUCAUCCUCUUCGCCUUCAAACCAUGGCGCUUCUUCUCCUUCUCCUCUUCCUCCACUCGCUCUCGCACCAUCAAGGUUGGUGACUUGGAAAGGCCCCUUGUACCAGAUGAUGUAGAUCUAACUCAAGAACAAAGCAACGAUUUGACAAGAAAUUAUGAUUUAGAGGGAGCGUGCCACCAAAAUGAAGCUCUUCUGCGCCCUCCUCGCACUCAAGGGCUUAUUCACAAACAACGGCUUCCCUCUGCAUCUAUCCAUUUGACUCAGGGUGAUAGCCUGGUUCUAGAUGUAGUAUCUGAUCCUUCAGAGGAUAUUUUGGUUGGUCAGACACUAAAGCGUCCAUUGGUGACAGAUCGCUUAGUUGAAGUGCAAAACCAUGGUAGACUACCAAAUCAAAGUCAAAACUUGAAAUAUGGUGUGGAAAAUGAUAGACUUCAAGAGUUUUUGCCCAAGGCUAUCAAUGGUCAAAGAAGUUGUCUCUCUCUUGAGGUUGUCUCAGGUCCUUCUCGUGGACUUCGUUGUUCUGUACAGUCAGCAAGCACUUCAAAGCUGCCAUUGACCAUUGGAAGAGUUUCUCCAAGUGAUUUAUUGUUGAAGGAUGCAGAGGUUUCCGGAAAGCAUGCAAUGAUAAAUUGGAAUUCAAAUAAAUUGAAAUGGGAGCUGGUAGACAUGGGUAGCCUCAAUGGAACACUAUUGAAUUCUCAGCCAAUUAAUCAUCCUGAUACUGGAAGUAGGCAUUGGGGUGACCCAAUGGAACUUGCAAGUGGAGACACAAUAACACUUGGCACAACCUCAAAAAUAUGUGUUCAUAUUUCAUCCCAAAGUGAGUGCCUGGCCCCUUUUGGAGUUGGUAUGAUUUCGGACCCUAUGUCUUUGCGUCGCGGAGGAAAGAAGCUUCCUAUGGAAGAUGUUUGCUAUUAUGAAUGGCCUCUUCCCGGCGUUGAUCAGUUCGGAAUAUUUGGCAUCUGUGAUGGACAUGGUGGUGUUGAGGCGGCCCAAUCUGCAAGCAAGAUUUUGCCUGAGAUGGUUGCUACCAUAUUAUCAGAUUCUGUAAAAAGAGAGAGGGUUUUGUCGCAAUGUGAUGCCUCCGAUGUUCUUAGAGACGCAUUCUCUCAAACAGAAGCAUGCAUGAAUAACUAUUAUGAGGGCUGUACUGCAACAGUGCUUCUGGUUUGGGCUGAUGGUGAUGGAAAUUUCUUUGCACAAUGUGCAAACGUUGGGGAUUCAGCUUGUCUUAUGAAUGUUGGAGACAAGCAGAUUAAGAUGACGGAAGACCAUAAAGUAACUAGUUCUUCUGAAAGACUCCGAAUUGAAGGAAUAGGGGAACCAUUAAAAGAUGGGGAAACACGUCUAUGUGGUUUGAACCUUGCUAGGGUGCUUGGAGAUAAGUUUGUGAAACAGCAAGAUUCACGCUUCAGUUCUGAGCCUUAUAUAAGUCAAGUUGUGCAUAUCAGCCAAACAAGUGGGGCAUUUGCGCUACUGGCAAGCGAUGGAUUCUGGGAUGUUGUUAGUGCUAAGAAGGCAAUUCAGUUAGUUGCACAGACGAGGGAGAGACAUUGUACAGAUAAGGAGAAUUUGGCAGAGACGAUUGCUAAUGUUUUGUUGAAUGAGGCUAGAAUGCUGCGAACAAAGGAUAACACCUCUAUUAUUUUCUUAGAUUUUGAAAGCAGAUCUAGAAUAUCUUGUAAAGUUGAUUCUUAAUAUGAACUUCAAGGUUUUUAGUGUGAAUUAUGAUUAAUUUUUUCAAUGUUAUUUUCUUGAAGUUGCUCUGCUA